AUGAGCAUAAUAACAAAUGUAGUUUUAUGCUCUUUUACAACUGGUGAAUUAACGAUUCAAUCAACAUCAAAUUCAAUUCAAUGUUCACUUCCAUAUAAAUAUAAUAAGAAUGUUUAUAAUAAUCAAACAUCGAUUUGUUUUGAUUUAAAUGGUAAUUCAUGUGAAAUGACAUUAGGUAAUUCAUGCAAUUUAACAAACACAAAUUAUUUAUCGUGCAUUGGUAAUUACAUCGAAUGUUCUUCUCAAACCACCGUUUGUUCAACUGAAAACUCAAUCUUUAAUGUAAAUUAUGCUCAAUAUUAUCUAACUGAAUAUGAUUCAAGAUCUAAUCCAAAUCCAGGAUCAUCCUCAAAUAAUUCAAAAAUACUAUCAUUCAUUUCUUUCAUUUUAUCAUUUUUAUUAAUUUUAAUAACAAUAAAUUCCAUAUUUAUUAUAUAUUAUAAUUUUUAUAUAUAA